AUGCUUGGACCGAGCUUCAUCCAGCGCGCGAAGAGCGCCGUUCCCCUGGGCUACACAACACCCGACUUCCCGUCCCUCUACUGGCCUCUCCCCAUCGGCGCCGCUACCUCUUAUUACCUCUACAAACCCAGCGACAUCCUCCGCUUCACCGUCUACUGGACCCUGCUACUCGUUGGUGGUAUCCACUUGAUCGUUGCGCUGUGGGCCUGCAUAGUGCAAUGGCGCAAUUGGAAACUCAUAUGGAUUGCACCAGCUCUGUUUAUCGUGGUUGGCGGUAUUGAGGCAUUGGUGAGCGGUGCAAUCGUUGACUGGGAGACACUGACCAUGUGUAGGCUGGGAGGAGUAUAUCAAGCAGGAUACUUUGAGAUGUCAACCUGGAUCCCAUUCGUAUGGGGCAUCAUCAACACCCUCGUGCUCAUCCUGUCGUCAUUCGCAAUCUACGGAGGACUAUGA